AUGGGGCAGGAUUCAUAUGGAAACAGGGAGAUUAAGUGGAAAUUAAUUUCACCAUCUUCUCCUCACUUUGGCGGCUUGUGGGAGUCCUAUAUCAAUUUGUUAAAAUCUCUCAUGAAGGAAGUUGUUGAAAAUCAAAAUCUCACCUAUGAAAAGUUUUCCACUCUCGCUGUAGAGUUUGAAGCAUGCAUCAACUCCCGGCCUCCGGUUCCAAUUAAGGGCGACCCGAAAGAUCUCGAAGUCUUAACUCCAGGUCAUGCUCUCGUAGGUAUAAAACUGGAACAAAUUCCCAGAGCAACAACCUCUGACAAGGAACUGAAUAAGGUCACUUACUGGUGGCUUGUCCAAGCAAUGCGUGAUCAGUUUUGGAAGCACUGGUCUCAUGAGUACCUUCAUACGCUUCCAUAA